UUAGAAGAAAAACAAAUAAUGUCCUUGGUGAACCAUUUAACCAGUACGUUGUUAAAACACGAACCCAACGAUCCAGUAGAAUUUCUCGUGAACCAAGUGGAAGACAUGAUACAAUUCCGGGAUCACAGUGGCAAACCGCCGAUUCUGUUCAGCGACGACGAUUUAACAAAUGUUUUUAAGGGUGUAGACUAUUUAAAUAGUGGUAAGAUUGAUCUAAGUGAAUACUUCAGAGCUAUGAAGAUGUUAGGAUUGAAUGAAAACGAAUUUAACCAGAAUCCACAAGUGGACGAAACAAAUCGAAUUGAAUGUAAAACAUUCGUACACGAGGCAAAGUUUGCGUUAAUAAAACAGAUGACCAAGAUGAUACAGUAAACGCAAUGACGAUGAUUAUGGGACACGUCAUGUACAAACAACAUGAGCGAUGGACAUGUAAUUGUUGAAUUAGUUAGAAACUUAUUUCUU